AUGAUUUUGUCACGAACGCCGGUGAAGGAUCCGUCACAUAUUGACCACAUGUACUGUUCAACAACACAGUCUGUUAAAGUAGACAAGGCCACACAAUGCGAGGCAGAAAUGGGUCCUACUGUAACUAGCACCACGGUCAUUGAUGAUGCUAGAUCCCGGCUGUAUACAGGAGUGCGUAUGGUUCAAUUUUUCACCCUGGUGACAGUGUUGUUGCCUUUCAGUAAGCUAUCAAUUAUCCUUCCUGUUGUUGACCAAAUCCUGAUGACCUUGAUGAAGCUAAAACUAAACCUAAUAUUAGGAGAUAUUGCUCAUCGCUUCAAUGUGUCUACAUCCAUGGCAAGCAUUGUGAUUAGUCACUGGAUUGACGUGAUGGGUGAACAGUUCAAAGUCCUGAUCCCCUGGCUUCCAAGAGAGACCAUUCGUGCCACCAUGCCCUUGUCGUUUCAGAGGAACUACCCUCGAACCACCUGCAUCAUUGACUGUGCCGAAAGUGCCAUGCAGAGAGCCACAAACCAUGACUCAAGGAGUGACACUUUCAGCCAGUACAAAUCACACAACACUGUGAAAUAUCUCGUCGCUGUGGCCCCUAAUGGGCUAAUCAUGUUUAUAUCUGAUGCCUAUGCUGGCAGAAGCAGUGAUAAGUUUAUCACCAUGGACAGUGGGUUCCUAGACUAUCUGAGGGCUGGUGAUGAGGUCAUGGCGGACCGUGGGUUCACCAUUCGAGACUUGCUUGACGAGAGAAAGGUCAGUUUGAACAUCCCUGCAUUCACCUACAGACGCAAUCAGUUGACCAAUGAAGAGACCACACGCACCAGGCGAGUAGCCAAUGUCCGCAUACACGUGGAAAGAGCAAUACAGAGACUGAAGGUUUUAUCCCAGACUGUUCCCAUUAGCAUGGCACCGAAACUGGACAACAUCUUAACCAUCUGUGCUGGCCUAGUUAACCUGAAGAGUCCACUGAUCAGAGUGCCUUGUGAGGUUUAAU